GAGCGGGUAUCGAGUUUUCUAGGAUUUGUAUUGAGUUUGCAAGCAUUUGUUCCCACUUCAAAAAGCCACAACACUUGGCAUCAUCACUCUGUCUCAGCCAUGAGCGCGGUGGCCUUCUCGUCGGCCGAGGAGCUGCCCGAGCGCAGCUUCUUCCCCAAAGUUUACAUGCACCAAUACAGGCAGCAACUCAGUGAACUGUUGAAGCGUCUGGAGCUCCUUCUAGACGAGGACGAGCUAAUUGAAGUCGAUUAUGACGGAGAACCCGUGUCCGCAUUGCCCCGUGAAAGCGUAUGGCAGAACCUCUGCACUCUGCAGAACUGCAGCGUCACUCUAAGCGACGUUAUGGACCAAUUCAAGCAGAAGAUUCAGGAAAGCGCGGCUGUAGACCCGGGAGCGUUCGAGCUAGAGAGAACGCAGAGCAGCUCGUCGAUCGACUGCAGCUCAUCCGACGACGUGGAUGAAGAGAUCGACGUCGGAUUCCACGACGUGGAGCCUGUGAAGGGCCGCAAAGCUGCCGUAGCACUCAACAAUGACGUGACGGAGCGAGUAGAGAAUGCACUGAGGGAUGACGAAGAAUUCGAUCGCUUCAAGGCCAACGCACUAGAGUUUGGCAUGGGUCACGAGUCAGCCGAGAGCUUCUAUGCCUACUUAGCGCAGCAUAUCCCGGCUCCAGUGCUCGACUCGAUCGUCGUGGACUUUGCACGACUACUGCCUCAACCAGCUCUUAGAGUUCCGCUGUUGAAGGCACAUUAUGAACACAUGCAGAACGAACUGUCCAGACCCAGCAUCGCCUCGUUCAAGAACAAAAGUUACAGUACUGUAUUGACAUCGAGAUCGUCAACGUCCUCAAGUAUUGACGAAGCUGGUAGCAGUGAUGACGAAGACGAGGAGUAUCCGUCAACGAUCCGACUGCGGACGUUCAACCACCUCGUUUUCGUCAUUCACGGUAUUGGUCAACACAUCGACUUCCGCGACGGAGAAUUCAAGUCGUGGAACGGAGAGACGGGUGUCGAAGGCGGCAACCACGCCUUCCGAGAUAUGUUCCGCUCCAUGCUGGAAACGACCUUCCAAGAUAUUCCUCUGGCGCUGGAAAUGCAGUCGAUCGAGUGGCAUGAAGACCUCCACGAUCCAACAGGUCUGGAUAACGUUUUUGAUUUAAUCUCUCCAGAAGGAGCCUCAGCCAUUCGCGAGUUCAACAAAGAAACAUUUAUGGACGUGCUGUACUAUCUGUCGCCACGCUAUGGUCAGCUAAUUGUUGAUUCAGUCACUCAACAACUAAACGAGAAAUACCGCGUCUUCAUGGACGAGCACCCAGGUAAGAUACACACGGACUUGUAUUGGGUUAGUUGCUUAACAUCCGUUAUUGUCAUAGGUUGGGAUGGAAAGGUGUCUAUCUUCGCCCACUCUCUGGGCUCUAUGAUUUCGUAUGACCUCUUAACACACAAGCCAGGUGAGGUAGCCAUCAACGGUGUUCGUUUCCCUGGCCUUGACUUCGAGAUUGACAACUUCUUCGGAGUUGGUUCUCCGGUGGGAGUAAUGAUCCUGGCAAGAGGAGAUCUCAACAUUGAGGACGGAGAGUUCACCCCUGGAAUCAAGAUUCCAAACUGUCGUCGAUACUUCAACGUUUACCACCCGAUCGACCCUAUCGCCUACCGUAUUGAGCCGUUGAUCAAGCAAGAAAUGCACGACAAGGAUCCCGUACAACUGAUGCAGUUCAGUGCCGUUAAGGACCAAACAUUCGGUCAACUACAGGAGCAAUGGGAAGGCUUGAAUGGUCCAGUGCAUGGAUUCCCGUAUCGUCAUGACUAUGUUAUGCGGCGUCGCAAGCGCGAGCAAGGCAUGAUGGAAGUGGCUUUUGCUGCUGCCUCCCAUUCAUCCUACUGGAUGAGCGACGACGUUGUCCUCUUCACCAUUAUGCAGUUGUGUCAGCCAGUGGUUGAUACUCUGCAUCGAUACAUGAGUGCCCGGGUUCCUCUUCCUAAACUCAUGAGGAGCAUUGUGGAGCUCACACCUCAUACAAAAGUGUUGUUGUCAGCGACAGCUCUCGUUCGCGACCGAUGCACGGGACUUUCGCGUGAGCAGAUCGUCUUGAUUGACAAGGAUCGCCUCUACUUCUUGUCUCGACUCAGUGAAGUUGCAUGUCGUCGCAAGUGGCGAAUCAAACUGACAGCAACGACAAAAGCGGUGUACGGUGAAGACUCGUUCAUGAUGAAGAUCAUCCCCAAUGACGCUGCUGUACCAGAACCAGGCGCUCCGCCCACGUCGAACAACGCCACACAGCCCGGAGUGCACACUUUCAAGGCUCCUUCAACUCCAGUGCGCAACCAAUGGAUGGACGCUAUCAACGAAGCUGUUGUGAAGGCCAACAGCAUCUUAGCUGAGGAAUUACCAGCUCACAAAGUCACCAGAGACACUGCAAACCUCGUGGAUCUCCCAACUGGCAAGAGUAUCGACUAUUUCAAUGCUAUCAAAGCCGGCUUUCUCAAGGAGAAGACCGCUAACGGGUGGUACGAUUCGUGGAAUGACCGGUGGCUCGUUCUUCAAGAAGACCACUUGUCGUGCUACGAAAACUCGCCCAAACUCGACUUUGUUGGCCAGUUCCCACUUCGAAAGACGAAGGCGUUCUGCUAUGAGCGUGAGUAUCUGAUCCGCGUGGUUGCUCGUCGUGGAGCUGCGUGUGAGAUGCGCGUACAGAACCAGGAAUCAUUUAACCGCUGGGUCGAAGUGUUCGAGAAGAUUCCUACAGUCGAGAUCUACCGUCAUAAGGAUUUAUUAGAGAACAGCCCGUCCUCUGUGCUGAUCAUGACUGAAAGUUCGCGGGGGCAUUUCAAUGGGGCCCAGAAGAAGAGCAAGGGAGGUGAAUGGCUGCAGACGAAGAUCGAAGGGCACCAGAUCAAACUCGAUGAAAACGACCAAGAGUAUGUGGCCUUUGUCAUUCAAGUGGCAUCCUCAACGGCAGGCCACAGUAUCGUUCAACGGCGCUACUCGGAGUUUGCCAAGCUGCAUCGCGAGCUACGGAAGUUGUUCCAACCCGAGCAGCUCCCAGCGCUACCCGGAACAAGAAUGUGGAACAAGUUCGAACCCAACUAUUUGAAGCAGAAGGCGAUUGGUCUUCAUGGAUAUCUGAACGAGGUGUGCAAGAGGUGUGCUAACACUCGCGCACAACCACUGCUGCUGGACUUCUUGGAGCUCACACCGCCAGCUACGGAGUUGAAGGAGUCAACGGAGGAGGAAAACGCUGAAAAGAAUUAAAUGAUGAAGCAGAGCGGAUAGAAUCAACGACAUGCGGUUGUAUUCGAGCGUUUUUUUGAAUCAUCAACAGAUCGCCUUGAUCAAAUCGAGCUAUAGGCUUGCCUACUUGUCUUGGAUCGUGAACUGUGCGCACAGGGCUUUAGACGCUGCGUGUUUGUCGUAGACGUUACAGUCCGUCUCGGGCUUCACGGCAGCGAAGUACUCACCUUCUUCGACGAUACGACGGAAACCAGAGCCGAUCUGAGGAUCGAACAUACCCCAGUCUUCACUAGUAAGUGUGAACGAGACGUCUUGGGUCUCUCCUGGCUGCAAGUGAAUCUUGGUGAACUUCUUGAGCUGCUUGACUUCCGGGACCGAGAUCUCGCGGUAUGGUUGAAUGAGGAACAGCAUCACCGUCUCCUUGCCUGCGAUGGGUCCAGCAUUCGUGACUGACACACUCACCUCGAGUGAGGCCUCGUCAGUGUUUGCGAUCGUGGUCUUGCUCAACGUAACAGCUCCGUACUGGAAGGUUGAGUAGCUCAGUCCAUGUCCGAAUUCCCACUCCAUCUUGCAGGGGCGUUCAUCACGACAGCGCGUGUCUGCUGGAUGGUUAUAUGGGAUCCCGAUAGUGGCCGGUGUCUUCGGGUACGUGAUUGGAAGUCGGCCACUUGGAUUCACACGUCCAUAGAGAAUCUCAGCUAGUGCUUGUCCACCCAGUUCACCAGGUAGCAUCGCGUAUACGACAGCAUGCGCGAGUUCAGCAAGACCCUGCAGCAAGCGAGGACGGCCUUGAACCAGCACCAAGAUCACCUUUGUACCAGUGGCUGCGAUCUCACGAACGUACUCGAUUUGACCCAGCGGCAAGUUCAAGUCAUCCAGAUCACCAGGUUUUUCCGCGUACUCUCGUUCACCGAUAGCGAUGAUCGUGUAGCUUGAUUGUCUCGCUCUGGUCUUGAUCAUUUGAAGAGCAUCCGAGGAGAAGGAGCCGUUGGGGUGGAGUGUAUUGGCGUAGUGGACCGAGCCUGAAGUCAUGUUGGCGAUGCCCUGGCGAAGCGAGAUCCCGUUCGGGAAGAGUCUGUUCCCAGAUACGCCUUGCCAACGAAGAGACCAUCCUCCACACAGCAAGCCCACGUUGUCGGCUGCGUGUCCCGUGAGGAGCACAUCACUGUCUGCGCUUAGAGGAAGAACGUUGCCUUCGUUUUUGAGAAGAACAAUCGACUCACGCGCGAGUUCCAAAGCUGCUUGAUGACUCUCGUUUUGACCGACAAGAGCAAUGUCGGCUUCAGUCCCGGGGAGAGCGUUCUCGUACAAGCCGAGCUUCAUCUUGGUCGUGAGGAUACGUCGAGUAGAGUCCUUGAUUCGAUCCAGCAGAACACGGUUCUGUUGAACAGUGUGGCGAGCCAUGUCGAUGAAGGAAGUGUUGUACGGUACCAUGCUCAUGUCCAGCGGAGCGUUCGUCAGUGCCAUGCGAACUGCAUCUUGAUCUGUCCUGGCAAGUCGAUGCCACACGUGAAGAUUGUGGAUCUCGGCGUAGUCCGUGACGAUGAGACCUUCGAAACCCAUGUCAUGACGUACUAAAUCUUGCAGGAUCUUCGUGUUGGCAACAACUGGAACGCCAUUGAUGGAGAUGUAGCUCUCCAUUGCCGUCAUAGCACCGGCUUUGAUGGCAGCGAGAAACGACGGAGCGAAGUGGUUGAGUAGCUCGAAGUCUGAGAUCGUGACACCGACGCGGUCGUGUCCCGAUGGAGUUUUGGAGUAGCCGAUGAUGUGCUUCAUACACGCCGCUGUAGUGCCAUUACUUUGAAUACCGCGGACGAUGGCAUCGGCCAUGACGGAUACGAGGUGUGGGUCUUCACCGAACGUCUCAAAUGUUCUGGCCCAAAGAGGAUUCUGCGAGAUUUCGAGAAUUGGAGAAAACAACCACGGGAUUCCAGCAGCCCCAGUGUCGCGAGCGGUGAUCCGUCCCAUGUUGUAGGCCAGAUCCGGGUUGAACGUUGCAGCGGCGUUGAUCUGCUGUCCGAACAGCACAGCUCCACGAACGUAGUUGGCUCCGUGCACCGAGUCGAGUCCGUAGAUGACUGGAUGACUGCCGUGACUGGCGUAAAUGUCUUGAAUUUCUGUGAUCAGAUUGCGCCACUCUCGAGGAGAAAAGUUGUGCGUGGAGUUCGCGUUCGAGUCGUUCAGCUCAGCACCCGGGGUGUUCAGGUAAGAGCCGACGUUUAGCUUUGCAUGUUCAUGAACCACAGCUCGGUUCAACGUGCGGUUCGGAUACAGAAUCGUGCUCACAUCCAGCUGCGCCAUCUGACCAAGCAUAGCGUCCAAGUCCUGGAGGGUUUACAUAAGGAUCGUCAGUAUCGGGUUGCACAGUUCCACGCAUUUGAAGGACUUACCAUUGCCGACAUCAUUUCCUCGACGCGGCUCUGAAAGUGCUGGUCGGUGGGCAUCUCGGUGGCAACCAGCGAGGCUAAAAUUGCCAGUAGAAUGACAGCCAGUCUUGCCAUGCUAGCUUAUUGUCGUCGUCCUUGUGUUGGCGAAGCAAAAGUGAAAGUGACAGCAGAGCUCUUGGAAUGGUGCACUCGCCCUUCACCUUGGCGGAUCUGAGUCAUGCACGUGACGCAGAUUGACCUCUACCAAGUCAAAAGCACUGAAACAACUCGGAAUUUGCAUCUUGAACUUUCGCUUCUCGUCGGACAAUCUCGGAAUUGCGUACUGCUUGCAGGACUGUGGUGCAACUUUGUCUACAAGAGACCAUACUGUCGAAAUGCGUACAUCCACUACAUGUAUCGCCAUAAUAGAGAAUGUAUUCAUUGUUGCUGCAGCGUCGCAGGUUGAAGCCCCCGCUUGUCGACUGAGUAUGCAUACCGUUCUGAUCCGCAGGCUAACACGGCAACUGGAUGUCACGGCUUGCACAACACUUGAGUUAUGAAUUCGUAGCUGGGCCGUUCAAACCUCGAAAGCUACCGAGAUAUAGUUGUAUGAGCACGAUGAGUUUCGUUAACAGUAAAAGUUCGUAAACGUUGUCGACAGGA